AUGGAGGAGGACAUCAGGAGAAAAGGGAUGCUUUACUUUCAUCAGCAGCGCUUCGGCAAGAGAUGGAGGAAGGUGUGGUGUGUGUUAGUGGCGGAGGGCAGGCGCAGUGUGGCUCGACUGGAGCUUUACGAGCACAAACACUCGUCCUUCAAACAGGGCUCCACCAAACGCAAACCUGACUACAAACAGGUGAUCCGCCUGCGAGAAUGCAUCCGCAUAUCCAACUGCGACAUGGCGGACUGUCCGAAAGACUGCUCUGCUUUUCUGCUUGAGACCUCUGACAAACUGUACGUGUUUGCGGGUCUGCAGUCAGAGGUGAAGUACUGGAUCAGCAGUCUCUGUCAGCAGGCCUUUCCUGAUGUGGAGGCUGAGCAAAGAUCACAGAGAGAAAGAUGCGUCUCUUCUGAAGCUCCAAGCACUUCGCAUGUCAGAGAAAUGCAGGACAACUCGCUUUAUGAUACAGCGGAGAAUGUUCGAGAUGUUCUGGUCAUAGCAGUAAGCACAGAAGCUGCGGUUCGGUGUGGCCUGUAUGGUGAAUAUGUCCUCGCUCCUCUACAGGAUUGUAUAGUCCUGAAGGAUCUGAAAUCGAAGCAAGUGCUUUUUAAAUGGCCGUACUGCUACGUAAGGAAGUUUGGACAAGAUACGCUGUCUUUCUCCUUUGAGGCUGGCCGCAGAUGUGAGUCCGGAGAAGGGAAUUUCGAGUUUGCAACCCAUCAGGGUGAAAGACUGUUCAAUGCUGUCAGCGCAGCCAUCCAGAAUCUACCCAGACCAUCCGAAACGAAACCCAUCAGCCUUGACCAAGCAGAACAAACUAGAGCUCAAGAAACCACGGCUGGAACAUACAACGACACCAUAGGAAGUCAACCGUAUGACUUUUUACCUGAGGGCAAGACGCCGAAACCAUCAAAAAUGCUUAACCCAGCUAGAAGGAGCUUUUCUCUGAACUCAAUAGAGCCACAGAUCGAAAGUCAAGAGAUAAGCGUCAACUUCGAACCUGAGAAUCAGGAACCAGUCUACGCCAGAGUGUCAAAAGCUCAGCAAAAAACCACUUCCCCGACCAACUCUCAAAUGCACUGGCAAAACUUGAGAACAGCUCUCCAGCAGUCUGCGUUUCUCACAGACGCUUUCAAGAGCGAUGCUGAUGCUUUGCCUGAUUUACCGAUCUCUUGGGAUGGCUAUGAAGAGACGGAGAAAUCUGAAGAUUGCAUCGAUUUUUUGGGUGACUCCAUCCAGCAAUUAGCAAUUAAUGACGCAUUGCAGACCACCAGUGCAGAAGCAAUUUAUGCAGAUCCACAGGAUGUCCAGGACGACGCUGAGUGGGAUGUCAGUGGUGUGUACGAUGAACCAGAGGAGGUCAUGAUGGCUAAUCAGAGAGCUCACGAUGGGGCAAAUCACCUAGCCAAGCAGGGCUUUCUCUACAGUCCAGACACGAGUGAAACACAGGCCACAGAUUCUCCCUCUGAUCUAGCUGAAAAUUCAGAUGCCAUGUUCUCAAUUUAUGACAAUUUCAGGUUGAAGGGGAGGCCAAUGUAAUAUGGUUUGACUAUUUCUCAAUUGGAACCUAUGGGAGAUUACUAAGUAAUUAAUAGUCAAUUACUUAGACUCUAUCUGUAAAUAUACACUCACUGGCCAGUUUAUUAGGUACAUCUUACUAGUACCACAAGAUGGACACUUUGAGCUUUCAGAAAUAAUUCCUUAAUUCUUUGUGCUUCAAAUCUCCAAUUCCAACACACACCAAAAGUGCUCUAGAGAUCUGGUAACUGUGAUGCUAUUUAAGUUUAGUGAACUCAAUGUUGUGACUUGGCACUUUAUCUUACUUGAAUUUGCAUCACAAAUCACAAAAUCAUAAAAGUCAUCAUGAUGUGGGGUUUUAGGCUACGUUUACAAGACAACAAUGCAGCCAAAAACUGAAACGUUCUCCCAUGCGUUUAAAAAAAAUUUAAGUUUACACAACAUUCCCAAAAUGAUCCACAUUUACACAUUCCCUAGGCUUAAUACUUGUGCUAGAAAGAGCAUGUCACUGCCCAGGACUACUGAACCAUUCUGGAGGACCAUGUGCACCCAACGGUUCCAACAUUGUAUCCUGAAGGUGGUGUCGUGUAUCAGGAUGAUAAUGAUAAUAAUGAUAUUGAUAAUACACACAGCAAGACUGGUGACUUGAUGAACGUAAAUGUGAAGUUCCAUGGAGUUCCAUCUGCCAUGGCCUGCACAGUCACAAGAUCUAAAUAUUAUCAAGUCACUUUGCGUUUACACAUUCGCAAAUAUGUCCAAAAAUGCUGUUACGUAUGCCAAGGCACUUUCACCUUGUUAGUAAACAGUACCUGUAAGGAAAUGACAUGUCAUCUGUAGGGCCAGACAGACUUUGUUAACAUUUAAAGCUAUUUUUGCACAGGAUUUUGUAAAAAGAAAGCUGAGGAUUUAUGCAGAAUGAU